UCUUUUCAAUUCGGGCUAUUGCAGCUGCCCUCCUAAUGAACAUUUACAUUGUUGGUUUGAAUCAGUUGUAUGAUAUUGAUAUAGACAAGGUUAACAAGCCAUAUCUUCCGUUGGCGUCAGGGGAAUAUUCAAUUCAAACUGGUGUCAUGAUUGUCGCAUCCUUUUCUGUUCUGGAAUGGGAAUUAGCUUUCUGUAUUAAUGUAUUGUGCAAAAUAUUGUAAAAUUAUUAUUGUGUAUUUGCAGCCUAUAAUAUUCUGACUACCUAUCACUUUAUUUUUCAGAGUUUUGGCCUUGGAUGGAUUGUUGGGUCAUGGCCAUUAUUUUGGGCCCUAUUCAUCAGUUUUGCAUUGGGAACUGCUUAUUCAAUCAAUGUGCCCCUUUUGAGAUGGAAGAGAUUUGCUUUAGUUGCAGCAAUGUGCAUUCUCGCAGUUCGAGCAGUGAUUGUUCAACUAGCUUUUUUUCUUCACAUGCAGACCCAUGUCUUUAAAAGGCCAGCUGCCUUCUCAAGGCCUCUCAUCUUUGCAACUGCAUUUAUGAGCUUCUUCUCAGUUGUUAUAGCAUUAUUUAAGGAUAUGCCUGAUAUUGAUGGAGACAGGAUUUAUGGCAUCCGAUCUUUUACAGUGCGCUUGGGUCAAAAGCGGGUGUUUUGGAUAUGCAUUUCACUACUUGAAAUUUCUUAUACUGUUGAGGAACAUAGUUUAUGUAUAUUGGUUUUGUAUGAAUGUGACUAUUCUCGAUAGUUUAAAUAGAUCUUUUUAUGAGGGAAUAUGUUGUUUCCAGUUUUAAUUCUCUCUGCCAAUCGAAGUCUUUCAGAGGGAUUUAGUCUUAGUGUUUGCAUACCUAUGAUGUUUAUUCUAGCAAAAAAAGGGAAAUCUACCACUGUUUUGUAAUGUUAACUUUUGAUAUAGGUUAUUUGAUUAAUCUUUUAUUUUGUUGCUUCAGUUCAGUUGAGGUUGAGCAGUCUAUACUUGAUCACAGUAGAUUUUGUAACAAGAAAACAGGUUGAUAUUUAACUUUCAUCAUCAAGUUCUGAGGUUUGUGUUUUUCUCCAAUUAAUUAUUCUUUUAGAUUGAACAUGUCUAUGCUCGUCACAUGCUCAGAGACAUAUCUUUCCAUGAAAAGAAUCUGGACUUGAGGCUGGAUCUGUGCACCAAAAGAAUUGUAACUACUUUUACAGUAAGUUUUCUUUGUUUAAUUACAGAUGCACCUAUAUCUAUAGAAUUUAUAACAUUUAAAUUCUUUUCUUUCUCUGUUUAAGAUAUAUUUAUUGUUAAAUCUUAAUUGUGCAUAUCCUAAAACUAAAAAGUAAACAAAGGAACAAAAUAGAUCUAAACUUGUCUAGAAAUAUCUGGUUUAUCACUUCAUAAUGAUGCUGAUUUCGGCUAAAUUCUUCAUGCUAUUACAGGAUGAUGACUUGGAAAGCCUCAAAUUUUUGAUAAAUUCUGCUAGAUGUUAGGCACCCAAUAAAAGGUAAAAAAAAUGAAUAAAUGAAGUUGUGGGUAGUGUAAAAGAUUUUCUUGAAUGGUGAGUUAUAUUUUGUGGUUAAAGAGUGUUAGUGGUCUCUUGAAUACACCAUUAAUCUGUUCGUGGGUCUUUGUAUUGCUGAUGCACACUAGUAUGUUGAAUAACUAGAAUGAAUAUUUAUUGAUACCAAAACCAGAUUACAAGGGGUUCCAAGACUUAUUCACCAUGGAUUAUAUUUCUUAUGAGAAUAGUUUCAUUCUUGUUAGCAUGCAGUUUUAUAUUUGCUGCUUAUCUUUCUCUGUUUAUUUUUCAGAGAGUUUGAACAAGUUCCCUCGAAGGACUAGUACACCAUAUGGGGUUCACAGUCAAGCACAACAAGCUGAAGAACAGCUACAACAUCAGAAACAAUAGCAUCAUCCAAACUAUAGUUUGAAGUAAAAAAUGUUCAAGAUUAUA